AUGAAAUGUCAUCUUUCUAGUUGGAAUUAUUAUGAUACGAUGGAAACAGCGACAAUGGUUCUUACUUUUGAACCAAGUAACUUAGAAGCACGUCAAGUGAAAAUAUUGAUGUUAAUAGUUAAGGAUGGAAACUAUGCAGGUAGUGUUACUGCUUUGCAGUACUUAUUUAAGACAAUAGAAAAAGUAGAGCCGGCUAAUGGUUUAAUUUUUAUGCGCAUGAGUCAACUGUUUUCGAGAAUUUGUGGAAGAAAGCAAUCAAUUUUAUCUGAAACUUACCAUUUUGUAGAAAAAGCACACAAAAUUGCCCCAACCAACCCUGAUUAUAUAACGGAGCUAGGAUAUCAAUGCAUUUUGAUGCAGAAAUACAAAGAAGCCACAAAAUGGUUUAAAACUGCAUCUAAAAUAGACAAUACCUCUUUAUAUGCUUUAUGCGGAUUGACUUUAUGUCAAGUAAUGGAUACUGGAGUGUCAGAACAAGUCUUACAACAAAUCGAAUUUCUCUCUGAAAUUCAAGGAGAAAACAAAAUGCCUCUACUUUUAUCAAUAUCAUCUAAAAUUCACCAAGACGAUCCAGAAAAAGCGAUGCAGUUCCUGAUAGAAGCAAGUGAAUAUCAUUUUAGAAAUUUGAGUACACUACCAUACGGACUAGAUUAUCUUAGAGAACUGAACCCCGAUUUUUUACUUGAACUAGUGAAAGAAUGGUUGAAAUACUCUCCAGUAGAUCGAGAUGCUGAAAUGAUAUCUACUGAUACAUUGCACCCUGCUCUUCGUCAUAGUGCAAAUAUAUUAGAUGCCGCUAUAAAAGCUUGUCCUGGAUUUGUGGAAGGUUUAUACUCACUUGCGAAGGUUCAAUUUCUUACGGGAGACUUGCUAGCAGCCAUGAAAACGCUUCAUAGAAUCGUGGAUUCAGCAUAUACUGAUGCCCAUUUACUUAUUGCUCAAAUAUAUAUAGAGCAGAAACACUACACCAAGGCAGCACAAUGUUUGGAAAUUUGCCUAAGUAUAGAUUUCAAAGUUCGUGACCAUGCGAUAUUUCAUUCACUACAGGGUAUUAUUUUGAAGAAUCAACAACUAUAUGAAGACAGCUUGAAAAGCUUCCUUACAGCAAUGAGUAUAUGCGGUAUAAAUCACAAUGGCAACAAUCCAAUGAAUACAUUCAAUAGUGAAUCGAAUAGAAAUUCUCUCAACAUUACGGAUCUACUGACACUGUAUUUAGAAGUAAUUAACAUGCAUGUUUUAUUAAAUCAACAAUCCGAGGCUUUGAAACUCAUACAAAUAGUAUCCGCCGAGUUUUCUUCAACAUUCGUAAAAGGCAGCGUAGCAGUAGCGUUAGCUCAUUUCUAUAUGCAGCUAGGUAAUUUCAAAAAAGCUGUUGAUUUACUUGAAAUUGUUUCUCCAAAUGAGCCGUAUUAUAUUAGAGCAAAAACUAAAACGGCUCGCUUUUAUUUGGAACACAAGAAAGAUCGUUUAGCGUACGCGCAAUGUUUCAAGGAGCAAGUGUCCUCUAAUCCCGUUCCGUCGAGUUACUUGAUGUUAGGGGACGCAUAUAUGUACAUACAGGAGCCUGAUGAUGCAAUUGAAGCCUACAAGCAAGCUCAUAAGUUUAAUUCAAGAGAUAUUUUAUUGAUUAGCAAACUGGGCAGAGCUUAUGUUAAGACACACCAAUACAAAAAAGCGAUUUCUUACUAUCAGGAAGUAAUCGAAACUCCUGGAAAUUCUUCAUUAAAACUUUGCUUGCUGAACAAAUUCUGGUAGAUGAAAUUGAGUUAUCUAAAAGUGAAGCUGAUGAUAUAACAAGAUUACAAAAUAGAACAAAGCAAUUAUUGCUCCUGGCUAGGAUUCGUGAGAAAGCGGGGUAUUUGUCAUCUUCUCUGAACACUCUUAAAGAGGCCAGAGAUAAUCAAUACAAGAUAUU